GCCCGAGAUACCGUCGAUGAAGACCGGGAGGAAAAGCCGACAAUUAAUUCUGAUGGUAAGGCCAAUGGAGAAGUGAAGAAGUCUAAAGGAGCUGCUGCUGCAGAAGUGAUAGUUAAAGCCCAGGGUCCAGAGCGGAUGACAAAUUUAAGAACGAAAUUUGAAAAGUCUGAAUCUGAAGAUGUCGAACAUACUAGUGCCGUCAAGCGACCUCCCACUAAAGUCAAGUAUGCAGGCAUUAACUCCGCCAAAUUCCGACUUAUGGAAGAGGUGAACAAGAGUUCCGCCAGUGAAGCCACGGCAGGGCCGCCUAAGCAGCGUUCCAUUACACCGCCAAGGGCAGGCGUGGCUACCGGCGUGCUUGAGAGUCAGCCUCAAGCUAGACUAGAGGGCGUGAUUGGGGCCGAUGACCAGUUGGAGCAGGUCGACCUGACCAGACUGGGAGAACAUACAAGAACACUCAGAGCCAAAUUUAAGAAGAUGGAAGAAACUGGCGGACAGGUACAGCUACAAAUAAAUAAUAAAAAUUAA